UUGCUUCUCUCUGGACUUGGAAUGUAUAGUAUUUGUUUUCAGUUGUACUAGUUCUGCAUCUCAUAAUCUACAAACCACAAAAGAAUCUUCGGGGCGGCUAUUUUGGUGUCGCUUACAGACAAAAAAAUCUCGAUUCAUUUUGCCAACACACACAAUGAGCCAAAAUUCAAUAAUCUUAUCAAAAUUUAAUUUUGGAUGUCUUCUCCUUCUUCGAAUGUAAUUAUGCUGCACUGCCACUGUCUGUUUUUGAGCAGACUAUCCAAAAUGUUUGCUGUCUUGUGACAUCUCAUACAGUGUACAUUCAUUGUAUUUCAUAACAGUCAGUCUUGGUAUGAUUAAACCCAUCAGGAUAAAUGAUCCAUGAAAAUUAAUGUUGAACUUUGAUUCUUUGGAUCUUAAAUUGUGAUAUACUGUAUAUCUGUAGGUCUCCUUGUGGAGAAUAAUAGUGCUUCAAACUCAAGAUGGAGUAUGCAUUUUGCAAACAAAAGUGUUCAUUUUGUAUUUUACCUGCACUCUAAAAUACAAAACUACUCAUAGUGCAUGCUACAUGUAUAUUAAUUUAAUUUGUCAGUGGAUAUAAUGCAAAAGCUUAGAUUGUCUUGUUUUCUUGGUAGUACUACAGGGAAAUGUUUAAAAGUGGGAUUUUUGUCUGUGACUUUGGCAAAAGACUAGAAGAGGUCAAGUUGCAAAAUUCAGAUGUCAGUAUGGAGUUGCAGAAUCGCAUAGAUUUCUGGAAGCAAAAACAAGAGGACAUUGAAAGUCAGUUUAAAGUUCUUUAUCAACCCAUUCAGACAGUUAAGGCCAGAAAGGGAAGGAAACCUCAGAAGGAGGAAAAUCGGGAGCUGAGUUGCUAUGCUGGCACACUAACGAAGGAAUUUCUAACAAUGGUUUGCUCCCUUUGGAAGGAAAUUGCUCUAAUAAUGAGAGACAGAGAAUUUAAAGCAAAUGAGGAACACUUGAUCGACAUUUUUGACGUCAAGUGCGAAAAGUGGGGUUUCCUCCUCCUGGAGAUGUUUGGGAGCAGUCUAGGAACAGGUGAUUAUGGCCACCUAACGGUAGAACAUGUUCCAAUGCUUUUUAGAGUGCAUCGCUCUCUUCAUCACCUAUCCAACCAGGGAUUUGAAGCGGCUCACAAAUUACAGCGACAGCUGUAUGCCAGAGCAACGUCACAUGAUUCAUCAGGCAACACUGCAUCAUGUAAGUUUAUUUCAAUUUGUACUGGGGUGUUCCAAACUUGAUACUCAAAAGAGGCUAAAAUAAAUACUUGUAAGUGUUGUUGGUUUUUUCUAUAUUUUCCAUCAUGAUGAUAACAGCACUCACAGAUACACCUGUAUCUAGCAUGUUUCUUGGUGAUUACUGUUUUGACCUUAAGAACCACAAAUCAGAGAAUAUAUUAAUAAUUUAGAAUCAGAAUGAGUCGAAUUCAGUCAUAGACUGGAAUAUCUUUGUCAUUAGUAAACUUAAACUGCAGGGUAAUAGGGUAGUAAAUCAGGUAGAUGGUGAUUUAAGCCAGUUGAGAUUCACCUUCAUAGAGUAAAUUGUGCAUAAUUAAUUGCCAGAACAUAUAAACCAAAAAAUUCCCCAAACUAAAUUGUUGUAUUAAUUAAGUCUUAAAUGUACAUAAUCUAUUUCAGUGGAUCAAAUCCUCACACACCUCUAUACAGAGAUGCUGCUCGACAUGAGACUAGCUUUCAAAGAGGCUAAAGGCUGCAUUGCUACAGGAAAGCCCUUCUACUAUCGAGGAUGUGGAUGGAGGCCCAAAAGGAUGACCUGGUCAGGGGAAGAACAAGCAUGGAUUGGAAGGAUAGAUCAACUGCUGUCUGAUUUAUUUGGUCCAGACUACUGUAAUUAUGAAUACACAGAGAAAAAGCACUGUGUCCUGGUUCCAGGUCAAUUCCCACUCAUGAAGUAUGAUCAUGGCGAGUGGGAAAAGUCAUACUAUUUUAGUGUUAAUAGUGACAGAAAACCUUGUGUCGACCAUGCUUGUAAACCUGGAAAUGAUUUUGAUGACAGCAAUCCUGACUGCCAACCAAUCAGCAACCCUGUCAGCAAUCAUGCCUGUAGCCCUGUUAGCAAUCCUGACUGCAAACCAAGCAGCACUCCUGACACCAGACCUUCCAGCAACCCUGUCAGCAAUCCUGACUGCA